GUUGACUAGAUUGCUUUUUGCUUCGUUCGCUGCCCAUAGAUUGGAAUAACCAGUAUGAGUGGUUUGGGGAGUGUGGAGACUCGGCCUGGGGCCAAUCUGGAACAACCUGAUUUGAAUUCUGUAGCAAAGCACCAUUGUUAGAACAUCAGUGAUACAAUGACUGUCAACCAUGGAAAAUCCCACAUUAUAAAUACAAAUUCAAAUAGUUUAAACUGGAAUGUUAGGUUGAAUGCAGUCCAGUCUGAUAAAUUUUUAUCUCUUCUGAUGAGUAUGGUUCCCAUAGUGUGCCACAAAGGCCAGGAAGACCGUUUAAAGAAGGUCAAUGGAGUGUCACCUAGUGCAAAAGGGUUUAAUAUUCGAGCUGACCAGCACUUGGAAUAUCAUCACUUCUCAGAACCAUUGUACCAUGGAGAUGGCAUGCAUUGCUCUAACAUUUGUAGUGCCAAUUAUGACUAUGAUGGUUAUGAUUACUGUGAUGGCAGGGAUACAUCUGAAACUGAUGCAAUGCUACAGGACAGCAGGAUGCCCAACGACGGAGAUAAAGAUGCCACUGAGGGAAGCAAGAAGUUACCAAAAGAGUCUAGUUUUAGCAUGGCUUUGCAAAUACUUGGGCCAUUUUUGCUAGCUGGGUUUGGAACAGUGUCAGCGGGUAUGGUUUUAGACAUUGUACAGCACUGGGAUGUAUUCAAAAAUCUUACAGAAGUUUUCAUACUGGUGCCUGCUUUGCUUGGUCUUAAGGGGAACUUGGAAAUGACAUUAGCAUCUAGACUUUCAACUGCCGUUAAUGUUGGGAAAAUGGACUCUCCAAUUGAGAAAUGGAACUUAAUUAUUGGUAAUCUAGCUUUGAAACAGGUUCAGGCAACAGUGGUUGGUUUUUUGGCAGCUGUUGCCGCUGUUAUAUUGGGAUGGAUUCCAGAGGGAAAAUACCGCCUUGAUCAUGCAAUCCUUUUAUGUUCCAGCAGUGUGGCUACAGCUUUUAUAGCAUCUCUUUUACAAGGUAUCAUCAUGGUUGGAGUUAUUGUUGGCUCGAAAAAAACUGGAAUAAACCCAGAUAAUGUUGCUACACCAAUUGCUGCCAGCUUCGGGGAUCUCAUCACUCUUGCCAUAUUAGCGUGGAUAAGUCAAGGUCUUUACAAUUGCAUUGGUACAUAUUCAUUUGUUGCUCCUUUGGUUGGAGCAUUCUUCAUGGCUCUAACUCCAAUAUGGAUUGUAAUUGCAUCUAAACAUCCAGCAACAAGAACUGUUCUUCAUUCUGGUUGGGAGCCAGUCAUUACCGCAAUGCUCAUUAGCAGCAUUGGUGGCCUUAUACUAGACACAACAGUAUCUGAUCCAAAUUUGGCUGGGAUUGUCGUCUAUACUCCAGUGAUAAAUGGUAUUGGAGGGAAUUUAGUAGCCAUUCAGGCAAGCAGGAUUUCUACCCAUCUGCACUUACACAGCAUUCCAGGGGAGUUGCCUGAAGAUGCCAAAGGAUGUUUCUGUCCAUGUCGGACAUUUUGUGGAACAGGUGUAAAUAAUAAAUCGGCACAAGUUCUGCUAUUACUUGUUGUGCCAGGACAUUUAAUUUUUUUAUACACCAUCUAUUUAAUGAAGAGUGGUCACACAUCCCUGACUCCGAUCUUUAUUGCAGUUUACAUACUGGCAGCUUUGCUACAGGUAUUUGCUCUGCUAUGGAUUGCUGACUGGAUGGUGCAUCACAUUUGGAGAAAAGGAAAAGAUCCAGACAGUUUUUCCAUUCCUUAUCUCACCGCAUUGGGAGACCUAUUGGGCACAGCAUUACUUGCAAGCAGUUUUCAUAUUCUGUGGCUUAUUGGGGACCGAGAUGGAGAUGUUGGAGACUGACCCCUUUUUUUCUUUCUUUCUUUCUUUUUUUUUUUUUUUUAUCCAACCAUUUUAGUUUAAAUUUAAUGACAUAAUUCCCAAAAAAACACCAACAGAAAAUUAUUAAUUCAUCAGCAAUCCAAAAAAGAGACAAAACCCAUGUUUUUUUUGUUUGUUUGUUUGUUUUAUAUAUUAAGAGGAAAAAUAUUUUCCAAAGCUUAUCUUUGCUACAUUUAUAUAAUACAUUAUACAGGAAAUAGGAGAAGUCAUGUUUUGUUUUACUUGCCAAAAUAUGCUGAAAAUGCACCUUAAAUAACUUCCUAUGUCUAAAUGUAUAACUACCAGAUAUAUUACGUACAUUUCACCAAAGCAUUUUUAUGUUUAUAUCUUCAAAUUCAUUUUAAUGUUACAAAAAAUAUGUAUGUUCUUUAUGUGUAUACACAUUCAUCACUGUGUCUUUUUAUAGACGUGUUCUUUAAACUUGUUGUUACAUUUUAUGAUUUAAAGUGAAUGUCAAACUUGAUGAAUCAGUGCUCGUUUUUUAAAAAACCCCAAAAAACCAGGGGCACUUUCGUUCAUCAAACUUUACAUUUCACUUGUUUUGUUAAACUACUUAUCUUUUAAUCGUGAAAGCCGCUCCAGCGCUUCCCCCGCCCGUCGCAAGCCUCUUCAUAUGUCAAAAAUGGCGAAUCCGGCUUCCUCCCAUCACGGCGUUGCCUUAGGCAAUGAUUCCCCUGAGGGGGGAAGCCGUGAUUGGAGAAUGCCGUAUUUGUCAUUGCUGAUGUAUGACGUGAUGAGGGGCAGGAGGGGGAAGCGCUGGAGCGGCUUUCAAGAUUAUUUUUAACAAAACAAGUGAAAUGUAAAGUUUGAUGAAUGAAAGUGCCCGUGUUUUUAAUAGGAUUUUUAAAAACCGGGCGCUGAUUCAUCAAACUUGACAUAAACUUUAAGGCAUAACUGCAAUUCAUUUAAUCUGUGUCAAAGUAUAGUUACAUAUUAUUUUACAAACCUGUGAUAUAGUUUUAUGUGUUUGUUUAGAAUUUGCAUAGUUUUUAUGUGACAUUCUCUGUGUAAUUAAAGGUCAUUUAUUGUGUUUUUUGGUUAAUUCCACUGAAAUUCUGCAUUUGUAGAUUUAAUUUAUUGAUCAUUUUUUUUUUAGCAAUUCCGUUAUCAUCCACAAGCAGCUGUGUAUUUAUAUUGCUUGUGGAAGCCUCAUAAUCACAUUCAAAUAAAGGUAGAGCUUAUUACUGUAGGGCUAAGUUAAUUUAUAUAUAUAUUAAUGAUAAUGGUACUUCUGAGGCAUAAUAAUUUCUUAUUUAUGUUUAUGGGACUUGACAGUUUUACUAAUCUACAAAAUGAAUAAUAAACCGUAUACUAUUUAUAGAUAUAGAUAUUUACUGGUGCUAUAUCAUGUAAAUGGGAUAUGUUUUUGCUGCACACAAUCCCCUUAUGUAAAAGUGCCUCACAAGACAAAUUAGUUUCCUUUGUUUUGUACAUGAACUUUUUGAAAAAGCCAACUUUCUUUUUGCUAAGAUGUUUGUGCAUUUAAAGGGAUAUGAAACCCACAACAUUUAUUUUGUGAUUCAGACAGAGCAUACAAUUAAAAUAAAAAUUCAAUUUGCUUCUGUUAUCAAAUGGGCUUUGUUCCCAUGUUAUUCUUUACUGAAGAGAUACCUGGCUAGGUGUCUGUGGCACUGCAUGGCAGGAAAUAGUGCUGCCAUCUCUUGCAAAUAGAUAAGAUUUUUGUGAAACUGCUGUCAUAUAGUGAACAAAGAGAACAAAGAAUUUUAUAAUAGAAGUAAAUUAGAAAGUUGUUUAAAACGGCAUGCUCUAGCUGAAUCAGAAAUGUUUGGUUUCAUAUCCCUUUGAAAGGACAUGAAACCCAACAUUUUUCUUUUCUGAUUCAGGUAGAACAUACACUUUUAAACAACUUUCUAAUUUACUUCUAUUAUGAAUUUUGCUUUCAUUGUCUUGAUAUCCUUUAUUGGAGAGGCAGCAAUGCGCUACUGGGAGCUAGCUGAACACUCCAGUAAGCAAUGAUGAUGCAAAUAUGUGCAACCAGCAAUUAGCAGCUACCUCCAAGCUCUUGAACCUCCCUAGCUAUUCUUCUCAACAAAGGAUACCAAGAGAGCAACGCAAAUUAGAUCAUAGAAGUAAAUUGCAAAGUUGUUUAAAAUUGAAUGCACUGUCUGAAUAAUGAAAGAAAACAAAUGUUUUUCAUGUCCCUUUAAGGUAUUCUAUAUUCAGUAUAUUUUGUGAAGUACUGUUUACAAUUAAUGCUGAUUUUUUUCCCCUUUAAGUAGGUUAAAUCUCUUCUAAUUGGUACAUCAAUUUCCAAAGGUGUUAAUUAUAGGUGCAUGAUCAAGAAUAUUGAACCAAAUAUAUUUGUACAUUUGCAUCUGUUAUUUAAUGUCAUUAUUUAGAAAUUUAUGUAAAUUUGCAACUUUGUAUUUUCAUUUGGUUGAAUCAAGAAUGGAAUAAAUAAAUGGGCCAAUAUGGCAUACUGGUAACAAUGUCUUUUUUACUGGCAAUAAAUAUCUGUAUGAGUUGAUGUUA